UGCAAGUGGGGAAACUAUGCGCACAAAGGAAUACGAGAAAUCGCAUUCAAUAGCAAUUUAUUAGGCAGUGCUAAUGCAUGUGGUUUUAUGUUCGUCCGCUGUGAAUACAAAUAAAAGCAUUUGUUAAAUCAAAAGGCGUUUUAAAUUGCAUUGUAAUUAGGCGAUUCGUGAUUUUAAAAAAGCUGUCGGAAUGGAUCCGUUGUUAUAUUUGGGUGCGUUAGUGGUUUUGUUUUUGGUAUGGAUUAAAGUGAAGGGCUUGGAGUACGUGAUAAUACACCAGAGAUGGAUCUUCGUUUGCCUCUUUCUGCUCCCCUUAUCAGUCAUCUUUGAUGUGUACUAUUACCUGCGCGCGUGGAUCAUCUUCAAGAUGUGCUCAGCGCCCAAGCAGCACGACCAGCGAGUCAGAGAUAUUCAGAGACAGGUGCGAGAAUGGAAAAAAGAGGGAGGGAAGAAACAUAUGUGCACAGGUCGUCCAGGAUGGCUGACUGUUUCUCUCAGGGUGGGAAAAUACAAGAAGACGAACAAGAACAUCAUGAUUAACAUGAUGGACAUUCUGGAGGUGGACACAAAACGGCAGGUGGUGCGUGUGGAACCCUUAGCUAACAUGGGUCAGGUGACCGCUCUGCUCAACUCUAUUGGCUGGACCCUGCCUGUGGUGCCUGAACUCGAUGACCUCACAGUUGGUGGGCUGGUAAUGGGAACAGGCAUUGAGUCUUCAUCUCACAUCUUCGGCCUGUUUCAGCACAUUUGUGUGGCUUUUGAGCUGGUGUUGGCUGAUGGUAGUCUGGUCCGCUGCACUGAGAAAGAAAACUCUGACCUGUUCUAUGCCGUUCCCUGGUCCUGCGGUACUCUGGGGUUCCUGGUUGCGGCAGAGAUCCGGAUAAUCCCAGCUCGAAAAUGGGUGAAGCUUCGCUACGAGCCUGUGCGUGGCCUGGAUGCUAUCUGCAAGAAGUUUGCAGAGGAAUCAGCCAAUAAGGAGAACCAGUUUGUGGAAGGACUGCAGUACUCCCGGGACGAGGCUGUGAUUAUGACAGGCACCAUGACAGAUCAUGCAGAGACUGAGAAGACUAACUGUAUAGGUUACUAUUACAAGCCAUGGUUUUUUCAGCAUGUGGAGGGUUUCCUGAAGCAGAACCGAGUUGCAGUGGAGUACAUUCCUCUCAGGCACUAUUACCACAGACACACCCGCAGCAUCUUCUGGGAAUUACAAGACAUCAUUCCAUUUGGGAAUAACCCGUUGUUCAGGUAUGUGUUUGGCUGGAUGGUUCCUCCUAAGAUCUCCUUGCUGAAGCUCACUCAGGGAGAGACCAUCCGCAAACUGUACGAGCAGCACCAUGUGGUGCAGGACAUGCUGGUCCCCAUGAAACACAUCAAGACCUCCAUCCUACGCUUCCACGAGGACAUACAUGUGUAUCCUCUGUGGCUUUGUCCCUUCAUGCUCCCCAACCAGCCAGGAAUGGUGCAUCCUAAAGGAGAUGAAGAUGAACUGUAUGUUGAUAUCGGAGCGUAUGGGGAGCCCAAAGUCAAACACUUUGAGGCCAGAUCAUCCACACGGCAGCUAGAGAAUUUUGUCAGAGAUGCUCAUGGAUUCCAGAUGCUGUAUGCUGAUGUAUACAUGGAACGACAGGAAUUCUGGGAGAUGUUCGAUGGCACAUUGUAUCAUAAACUGAGAAAGCAACUCAACUGUGAAGAUGCAUUUCCUGAAGUCUAUGACAAAAUCUGCAAGUCCGCAAGACACUGAAUCCAACCAAACCUGAAAGGUGUGACCAGUAGAACAGCUGAAAAAACUGUACAACCCUUUUGUUCAAGUAAAUUAGCAUAUUGGGGCAGAUGCACUUAAAGGACAAAUACUUUUAUUUUACGAAGGAUCACCAGCUAAAUUUUCAACCCCCUUGUCAUAUGUCUAUGUUUAAAGGGGUCAUAUGAUGUUGCUAAAAAGAACAUUAUUU